GAGGAGGCGCCCCGGCCGGCACUCUUCCCGGCAGCGCCCGCCCCCGCCGCCACUCGAGCCUCGGGGAUGUGAUGGAGCCGCUGCUCGCCGAGAUGGCCGCGCUGCUGCUGCUGCUGCUGGCCGGGGCCGUGGGCGGAGGAGUCGUGUUGGAUCUGCCUCGCCCAACUAACAUCACAUAUACUAUCAAUGAAAAUAACUGCCAGCUGAAUGUGACAUGGGCUCCUGUAAAAAUAGAAGAUGACUGCAUUCUACGGUAUGUAACUGCUAUAACCACCAGUGGAGAAUGGGGCCAAAAGGAAUGGAAUGUUCAAAAUUUCCGGACAGUAUUCAUACCUCUGGGUAAAAAAGUCAUUUUUGGAGUCGCCACUUCAUGUCAAGGACAGGGUGAUGGAGAUUAUGUUAAAAUCACUCUUUGUCAAAAUGGUAUUGCAGGUACAGGAGCCACUAAAAUCCUAUGUAUGUGGUAUAAUAUGAAGUACAUGAUGUGCUCAUGGCAGCGUGGAGAGAAUGCAAGUCCUAACACAACCUACAAAUUGAAUUACUGGUAUAUUGAUCAGGAUAGAGGAGGGCCAUGCACACAUUACACUAAAAAAGGUGACGACUUUCGAUGCACUUUCGACACAAACCUUUAUUGGCCUCCAGGACUCAGCAUUUCUAUCCAGGGCAAUUCCAGAGACAUUCAGCCUGUGUGUAUAAUGAAUAAAUUACCAGAAGUAUAUGAAUUUCUAGUAAAACCUGAUCCUCCACUGAUUGUAAAGCCCAAAAGGAGCAAUGAAGGAGUUAUUCUACAGUGGACUGAACCAAGGGGCUUGAAUUACAUGUGCUAUCAACUAGAAAUUAAUAACAAACUGGACCCAGAAAUUUACAGGUCACGUAACAAUGUAACACUCACUCUCAAGAGUAAACAAUGCUACACUUUCCGGGUGAGAGCCAGGACUUCUAAGACCAACUGUAAGCAGACACAUGAUCCCUGGAGCGAGUGGAGCGAGGCAGUAGAAGUAGAUGAGAGAGACUUUCCAUUUUCUCUCCUUCUAUACAUUCUCCUUCCAUUAUGUGUGGCAGUCCUGACUAUCAUAUUCCUCAUACACCUGAAGAGGAUUAAAAUGUUGAUUCUUCCUACAAUUCCUGAGCCUGGAAAGUUUCUGAAACAAAUGUUUGAAGAGCACAUUGAAGAUCUUCAAAAACCUCCCCCCGAAGACCCAAUCAAGGAUGAGCAAACCCAUUUGUUGGUAUUCAUACAGCCUUCUUGUAAUGAGAACUGAGGAAACGAGGGGACUGUCUACAUCAGAUGACUCUUGAAUGUAAACCAGAGGUCUUUGGGGCAGGGACUGAUGCUUCUAGAUGCUGGAGAAUUUCUUGGCAAUGCCCUGCUGCAGACAACAUUUGUUCCCAGGCAUCAUUUGACUAAUCUGUGUUACACCGCUUGGAGAUUAAAGCAUUAUCCAUAUAUAUAGAGAGAGAGAGAGAGUGCGCAACAACAACUUGUUGGACCAACCAGGCAACAGGAAUCAAAUGGCCUUCCUCACUUGAUGAUGUUUUCAACCGAAAACUGUGAAGAUAAAAAAUCUUACACUGGCAUUUGUGAAGCAGCUUCAAUUCUGAAGGACUACUUCUUUCUAUCAGGUGUUUUGAUUUUUUUGCUUUCUUUCUUUUUUUUGACACUUGAACAGCAGGAAUGUUCACAACAAAUCUUGCAAGGCUUGUCUUUUUGUCUAGUCAAACUUUGUUCUAGUGAGCUUCUCCAAGCUAAACCAAAAACUACUUAUGUCCCUUCCACUGUGGCUAGGAGAGAACUUAGUGGAAUGACUGGGUUGGUGAUGCUUGCUUUCAUUCUUGGCUCAGGGCUUGAUGCUUUUGGAGUCUUAGCUUGCCUGUCAUGUUUGUCAAAAGCAUGUCAGGGUAGAAGACUUGCAAACGGUUUAUGAAUGCAAAGGCCCACACAACUCCUUUGGCAACAAAUGCACAGCCCAAAGGACCGAGCCCUCUGACGUUAUGCUGGCCAAAAGCGUGUCAAGGACUUUCCUGCAGCAUCUUUGAAUUGAUGCUUUGAAUUGUCCUUUUGUUGCAAACUGUUAGACAAGCCCAAGCGUUGUAAACUUUGGAAUAUUUGUGUGCUCUGGUUUUUUUUUUUAAUAAAGAUCUAUUUAUAUAAA